UAUUUGGUUUAAGCAAAGUACUUGUAAUUAAGUUGAUUCCCAUCUCUUAUAUAUAAUUCUGUUUCUUAUAGGAACAGAGAAAAUAAUAGAGGGUGAGAAAUGGCUCUCAGAUGGGUUCUCUACUCAGCUUGCCAUGUUUUGGGGUACCCUAUGAGCAACACUGAAGAAGAGGCGGAGUGCAAAAAGGGGUUGUGCCUUGCAAACAAUUUCAAUGAGGUUGAUCAAUACUACCCUUCUUCAGGGUUUCAAAUGCCACUUCACUAUCCACGCUACACCAAACAAGACUAUGAGAGCAUGGAGGAGUGGACUGUGGACUUGCUUCUUAAGCAAUAUGGGUUAAGUUUCAAGGGUACCCUUCACGAGAAGAGAGCUUUUGCAAUGGGAGCAUUCUUGUGGCCGGAUCAAUAUUGAAUGAGUUUUUCCCUAAAAGUCUUUAUGCUAAUAAAUUGUUUGCAAUGUAGACUUGUGAAGAAUUACCGAAUGAGUCUCUCCUCAGAGUCUUAGUAUGUCAUUGACGUCCCGUCCAAUAAUAUAAUAAUAUCGAGGGUCUCUCUUGGUUCUACCACUUUUAUGCAUUAAAAAAAUGCUACAAUAUUUACUAGUUUCAAGUUUAAUUUGUGUACUUGACUGUGGCAUGAAACACACGAAUAGUUCUCUAUCUUAUAUUGAUAAUACCGUAAUGAAUGUGCCUAUAUUAUUUUUCCACGCUUGUA